CCAUACCGCCGCCGCCACCGCCGCCACCACCGCCGCCGCCGCCGCCGCCGCAUUCCUUUCUUCUUCAGUUACCUAUACGUACACACCGUACACAUAUAUUCACGUUUAUAACAUAUAUUAUUACGAUAAUGUUUAUACCUGUACACCCCGUAUCACGUUAACGUUCCGAGUGCGAUAUAUAUACACAUAUGCGUGCGUAUAUAUACAUAUUAUAUUAUAUUAUUAUUACAUAUGUAUGAUAUGUAUAUGCGUGUAUAUCACGGUAUAAAUAUUUUUUUAUGACGGCAGACCGCGAUUAAGUCUGUUACGCGUGUUAUUUUGAUUUAUUAUUAUUAUUAUUAUUAUUACUAUUAUUAUUAUUAUUAUUGUUGUUGGUCGUUACAAUAAUUACUCCGAUAUUACAAUUAAAUACUAUUUAACUAAUAAUAAUAUUCUAAUAAUCGUUUAGAGAAUGCGCGUAGUUGAUUAAUUCCUACAAUCUAACGGGCUUCCACCGAACCGACUCUGCUGUUAACGUAUAUAAACAGUAUACGACAACCAUAGCAGGACGUUGAUUGACCAUGUCGAUGAGCUAGACGUCGCGCACACUACACACGAUAUUAUGCAGCAAACGCAACAGCAUUUCUCGGCCACCGAAUACGAACUGCAGCAGCAACAGCCACAGUACCUUGGUAAACAUGAUGCCGCUGUCAAGUACAUGCAACAGCUCGGACUGCACAAGCAGAACAUCAAAGUCGACUCUGAGAUAAGGCCUUGUUUAGUUGCUGACAAUGUGAUCAGUGACCAAAACAGCAGUUGUGGUAGUCCACCCUUGUCCAUUGUAGUCAAUGGCGAUGAACAACAUAGUUCCAGUACUCCUGUACCCUCAUCCACGUCGGUGUCUCGAUCUAAACCUCAAGCUUGUCGCAUAUGUGGACGUGUUCUAGCAUCAACUUCAUCAUAUUAUGUACAUCUAAAAUCACAUUCAAACAACAAACCUUACCGUUGUACCCAAUGUGAAGCCUGUUUUUGCCGUAAACCGUAUUUAGAAGUUCAUAUGAGAACUCAUACUGGUGAGCGACCUUAUCAAUGUAAUUUGUGCUUAAAGAAGUUUUCGCAAAAGAGUAGCUUAAACAUUCAUAAAAGAGUGCACACUGGAGAGCGUCCUUAUUCAUGUGACAUCUGCAAGAAAACAUUUGCAGUUAAAAGCUAUGUCAUUUCUCAUAAAUGGAGUCACAUGACAGAAAAACCGUUUGUAUGUGAACAAUGUCAGCUAUCAUUUAACUCUAAGAUCCAAUUUGUAACACACCUUAGAUCUCAUGACUUGGGACCAGCACAUUGUUGUCAAUUUUGUGGUAAAGCCUUUGUAAAAGGAUGCUUUUUAGUCAGACACAUCAAUAAAGUCCACCGAUUCAAUGUUGCUGCAGCAGCAGCAGCUACUGACCACGAGCCAGUACACAGUUCCUAUAUGCAAUCAGACACCAACUAUUCUAGCAUAAGAUUUGAUCCUCGUGAAAUCAGCAUAUUGCCAACUACCAAGAAUGGCCCUCGCUUCUUGGGGCCUCCGCCGCAUAAUGCAGAUGGUCCACCACCAUUAACCCACCUAACACCCAUGAUGUUGGGCCCACCACAAAAUACGCGAGCCUAAACCUAUUUCUUCUAUGUUUAAUAAGUAGGUACUUCUAAAGAGUUAAAAAGUGUUAAUAGUCUUGUUUUAUUAGGUAAUAUAAAUUAGAGUUACUAUAAAACAUCUUUACCAAACAUGAUAGUUAUAAGUGACAUCGUCAUUAUUUAAUGAUAUUUGACCCAUCAAAUUUAUUUAAUGAAAUCUAAAAUUAAAUUUUGUUUCAUUAAAUAAUUUGUGUAUAUAUUGUAUGGUAUUUGCAUAUUUAAUGAUAAUUUGACAAUUAUUUUUUGAUAUGGCAUAUUUAUUUGCUCAUACUUAAAAUAUCUAGUAAUUACUCAGUUUAUACUAAGAUUCCAAAAAAAAAAAAAGAAUUUUGUUUAAAUUAAAAUAAUUAAUUGUCGAUUAUAAUACAUUAUAUACAAUAUAUAAAACACGAUCCAAAGUGAUGAUGUCAUUCUUGUAAAAUGUUUGUGCCUAGUCUUAAAUAAUGUAGGCAUUGAUUUAUGGAAAGGUUGAAUAGGUACUGUCAAUUUAUAUAUAUAUAUAUAUAUAUAUUAUAUUUUAUUAUUCAUUUUUUUGUAAUCCCAAAGUUUUUAAUGAUGAAAUUUCAUUUAAUUUUAUGAUACUGGGUCGGUUUAUUACAAAAACACUAUAUUCCUAUCUGUUCUUGCCGUUGCUUUAUAAAAGGCAUUUUCUGUACAAAAUUAUGCCAUAACUAUUCAUAAUAAUAAGAAAAAAUUUAAAAAGUUUAACUACCAAACUAAUUAAUACUUAAUUGUAAUCAUUUUUUAGCUAAGUUUCUUUUUUUUUCUAAUAUAUUUUUAUAUUUAUUUUGUUGGAUUAAUUAUGAGAAAGUUACUCAUUUCGCACAGAAUUAGUGGCCUAGAUCAAUAAUUAUUAUUUAUAAUUACUAUUUACUUUGAACAAACUCAACUCACAUUAGGUAUAUUUUUAUAUGUUUAAAGUUUAAUUUUUUCCUAGUAAUUUCAUAUAAGAAUUAGUAAAGAACACACAAUUAAAAAAAAAAGAAUUAUUUAUUUUAUUAUUUUAAGUAUAAAUGUUUUCUAGGUUCCUGGUAAAAUUAAUUAUUUUAAUGAUAAUUAUUAUUUCUUAAUUGUUAGUAGUAUCCAUAUAUAAAUUUAUUGGUAAUAAUACGUCAAGAAUGUAGGAAUUGUGUAUAAUAGUAAUGUAAACAUUGUGUAGUUAUUAUAAAAAAAAAAGUAUGAGUGCGUUUUAAGUAUGCACAAAGCGGUUAAACCGUUUCAUAUAAAUGGCUUUGUAAAUUUUAUGCAAUAUUUACUAUUAUUUUACUGUUUAAAUGUAUACAUUUUUGACAAAUAGGCUUGUGUGCGUUUUUUUUUAUACAUAUGUAUAAACCAUUAUAUUUAUACAAAUAUAUUAUUAUAUAUAGACCUAGAGUUACAGACUAGAACUGUUGUUUCACUCUUUCAUAAAUUAUUAUAUCGUUUGUGAAUUUAAUUGCCAGAGCAAUAGGGCAAGAAAGAGUUUGUCAAUAUUUGUACAUUUGCAGCAAAUUGUUGUUAAAGAUUUACUAACCCUAAAUUAAUGUAAUGUAUAUUCUUAUAAGGUUUUUUUUUCUCUAAUCUUGAUGUAUAUCUUAGGGUGACAACGUAAUUUAUUAACCAGAAACUGUCGAAAUGUGUUAUAUUAUUUCAUUAAGUUAAUGUUAAACUACUGUAUAAAUUAUGUCAGGUGUAUGUGUAUAAAGUAAAAAAAAAAAAAAAAAACUUAACCUAAAAUUAUUAUAAAUAUAUUUUCGUU